AUGACUGACAUGCCAUAUCUUGAAACUCGAUCACAACACAACUACAGCUUCAAGUCCAUCGACAAUCAUAUCUACAUGUUUCUGGAUAGUGCUGCUCCUCCUGGAGAGCCACCUCUUUUGAUUAGAAGAUACUGGAACAAAAGCUUCCGUUAUAUCGAAGCUUACAGCCAAGGUAAAGAUGCAAAAGACGCCUUCGCCAUUGUCAAAGAAUUCUCUAAAUUGCAAAGAUCACAUCGCAAGCUUCGGUGA